ACUGCAGCUAACACAUCUUCCACAUCUGAGGCUCCUUCCACUGGAUCCCCCUUGCCUGCAGCGACCACAACACUUCCCACUCCAGUCCAUAUUCUUGAAGCAACCCUGCCAGUUCCAUUCGUGCCUGCACUGGAAAACAGCCAGUCAACAGAAUAUCAAGAUUUAGCAAAAACAGUCAUUGGAUUCUGUGAUAUCAUUUUCUACAGACGGUAUGGGCUUCUUUUUGAGCGGACAGAAGUGCGAUCAUUCAGUCGCAGAGAAGAAGGGACAGCUGUAGAGGUGGCGCUGAUUUUCAACGGGACCAGUUCAGAAACAUUGCCCAGCACGGACGAUGUCGCGGAGACCUUAAUAAGAGCAGUGACGGACCCCGAUUCCACGUUAACAACUCAGUUCAAUGUUACUGUGAUGGUUGACUCCAUCCGCGUGCUAACUACCACAACACUUCCCACUCCAGUCCUAAAUCUUCAAGCGACCCUGGAAAUUCCAUUCGUGCCUGAACUGGAAAACAGCCAGUCAACAGAAUAUCAAGUUUUAGCAACAGCAGUCGUUGGAUUUUGUGAUAUCAUUUUCUACAGACGGUAUGGGCUUCUUUUUGAGCGGACAGAAGUGCGAUCAUUCAGUCGCAGAGAAGAAGGGACAGCUGUAGAGGUGGCGCUGAUUUUCAACGGGACCAGUUCAGAAACAUUGCCCAGCACGGACAGUGUCGCGGAGACCUUGAUAAGAGCAGUGACGGACCCCGAUUCCACGUUAACAACUCCGUUCAAUGUUACUGUGGUGGUUGACUCCAUCCGCGUGCUAACUACCACAACACUUCCCACUCCAGUCCUAAAUCUUCAAGCGACCCUGGAAAUUCCAUUCGUGCCUGAACUGGAAAACAGCCAGUCAACAGAAUAUCAAGUUUUAGCAACAGCAGUCGUUGGAUUUUGUGAUAUCAUUUUCUACAGACGGUAUGGGCUUCUUUUUGAGCGGACAGAAGUGCGAUCAUUCAGUCGCAGAGAAGAAGGGACAGCUGUAGAGGUGGCGCUGAUUUUCAACGGGACCAGUUCAGAAACAUUGCCCAGCACGGACGAUGUCGCGGAGACCUUGAUAAGAGCAGUGACGGACCCCGAUUCCACGUUAACAACUCCGUUCAAUGUUACUGUGGUGGUUGACUCCAUCCGCGUGCUAACUACCACAACACCUCCCACUCCAGUCCUAAAUCUUCAAGCGACCCUGGAAAUUCCAUUCGUGCCUGAACUGGAAAACAGCCAGUCAACAGAAUAUCAAGUUUUAGCAACAGCAGUCGUUGGAUUUUGUGAUAUCAUUUUCUACAGACGGUAUGGGCUUCUUUUUGAGCGGACAGAAGUGCGAUCAUUCAGUCGCAGAGAAGAAGGGACAUCUGUAGUGGUGGCGCUGAUUUUCAACGAGACCAGUUCUGAACCAUUGCCCAGCACGGACGAUGUUGCGAAUACCUUGAUAACAGCAGUGACGGACCCCAAUUCCACGUUAACGAACACAUACAAUAUUACUCUGCUUGUUGAUUCCAUCAGCGUGACAAGUUAG